CACAAUAAAUUAAUUUAGAAAGAAAGAAGUGGAAAGUAAAAUGAGGGAGCGGACGACGCAAAUCCCCUCCUCUAAAUCAGCCAUCACAGGUCAUCCCUUCCCUCCAAUUAGGUUCAAGUCAAAGCCGACUUCCCUUUGCCUUCCUUUCCCCUUAUCUCUCUCUCUCUCUCUUAUUCCAGCCGUCAGGAUAUGAGUUCGCCGCCCACCCUCUUUCUUUGAGUAAGCGAACACCGUAGAGUGGAUAGUUUAGUUUCCUCCUCUUGGCUCCAAGGAAGAAAUAAGAAAGCGAGAGAGCCGUCAGAUGGCAUCGGCAACGAUGAUGACGGUGGGGGCGCCGGUGUUCCGAUCGGAGUACAUGUUCUGGGAGCAGCAGGGCGGGUACAUAGAGCGCCGGCAGCUCUUCCUCCGCAGCUACCACUUCUCCCGUAAGCAGAGCCCCCGGGAGCGGGUCCGCCGCUCCCUCGUCCGCGUCCGCCGCCUCGUGUGGGUCCGCCUCCGCGCCGCCCGCAGGCUGCCGCGCCUCCUUUGGGCUCGCCUCCGCUCCGCCUGCUGGCCCUCCGCUGCCCGGCGCCGCUGCAGCUUCCAGCGCCUCGCGGCCCUUCAGCCCCGUCGCUCCAGCGCCGGCGGCGUCAGCGACUGGUCCUCGUAAAAAGACGACUAUAUGUAGGAGGCAGCGGCAACUAGCAGUAGCCGUCGAGAAAGAGGACAAACUAGCACCAGAAGCAGCGAAUCUCGCCCCCGAUGACAUCCGAAUCCGAUCUCAAGGAUGACGAAGAUGAUGAAGUUUCGUUUUUCCUUUUUUUUUUUUUCCAUUUCUAAUUAAUUCGGCAUACGGCUCAAGUUUAUGGUAGCGGAGGAGAAAUCUUUCUCCUCCUCUGUUGCUUAUUAAAGAAAUAUAGGUUUUUCCUUUCCUCCUUGUUUUUAUUCGAAAAAAACAACAUCAGCAACCCCCUCACCCCUCUCUAGUGCUACGGCGGCGACAAAAUUUUGGGAAGAGUCGGAGAUUUCGAAUUGACAGCACAGCAGCGGAAGCUUUGAUUCAACGAAAGCCAAAAGUGGGUUGGUGGCCUUCAAAGUCUCUUACUGGGGAAACGAGCCGGCCUGUUUCUUUGAAAAUUUAACGCGGGGUGCCCUUGCUUUUUGGGGCAAGCCCAUCUGGAAUCGUGUAAAUUCCAGUACCAGAAGUUGUUCCAUCCCACUACUUUUUUUUUUUUUGGUGUGAAACUUUUCGUGCAUCCGCCUACGCAGAUUUUGAAGCGGCUAUGAUCCAGCGCCGGAUUCGCGCAAUGGGUGGUGCAUUCUCCUUUCGCGCGAAAAAUAUAACCCCCGACUUUUAAUUUUAGCAUGUAAUAUUUUCGCGAGCGUGUUGGGGUCUUCUAUUGGUUAAUUACUUCAAGGAAGUUGUUUAUGGUAGGUUGAAAAUGAUGAGAAUUAGUGCAAUAUUAAAUGGAUUUUUAGAGAUUUCGAU